UAUUCACUCAAUAUAGUUUGUAUGUCUGAGUAAAAAGACCAGGAUAAUAGGUAAAUGGAAACUUAUGAAGAAUCAACAGAAGCAUUACCAAAUAUAUCUAUUGCCAUGAUUUCAUUUGAAUAACAGAAUGAUGCAUAAAUACAAAAUAUAGAGAAUAUAGAGAAUAAAGAAAAUAAAAGUGCAAUCUAAUAUUAAGAGUUAGAAUAACAAAACUAAAAAUUACAAGAGUAAAAUUAAAAAUUGUAUUAAUAAUUAAGUUAGACAGAAAAUAAAUUGAAUUUUUAGAUUUAAAAAGUGGAGGAAUUAACUCAAGAAAGAAUCUAAAAUAUUGGAACAAUUAAUGAAUUGAAAAAAAUAGUUGACUAAUAAAGAGAUUUUAUUAAUUAAAUUAAUGAUGAUUAGGCUUACACUGAUUUAACUGAAUCUUUAGAGCUUUCUUUAUAAAAAUUAAAAGAAAUGGAGUAGAAAAAUGAAAAAUUACUGGAAGAGAAUCUUUAUUAUAAAACAAAAUAUGAAGAAAGCUUAAUUUUUAUAAAAAAUAACAAAGAAGAGACUUUGAAUCAAUAAGACAGAAUAGAUUAAUUAAGUUAGAACUAUUAGUAAUCAUCAGAAGGAUAAUUAGAAAAAAUUAAAGUUUUAGAAUAAGAAAUUAAUAAAUUGCAUGAUUAACUAUAAAAUAAUUGA